AUGAGGUACCUUGUCCUCAGGGUGAGGAACCUUGCCCUCAGAGUCAGGAACCUUGUCUUCAGCGUGAGGAACCUCGUCAAGGUUCCUGACUGUGAGGACAAGGUUCCUGACUGUGAGGACAAGGUUUAUCACGCUGAGGACAAGGUUCCUCACGCUGAGGACAAGGCUCCUCACGCUGAGGACAAGGCUCCUCACGCUGAGGACAAGGCUCCUCACGCUGACGACAAGGCUCCUCACGCUGACGACAAGGUUCCUCACCGUGAGGACAAGGUUCCUCACGCUGAGGACAAGGUUCCUCACGCUGAGGACAAGGUUCCUCACGCUGAGGACAAGGUUCCUCACGCUGAGGACAAUGUUCCCACGCUGAGGACAAGGUUCCUCACGCUGAGGACAAGGUUCCUCACCCUGGGGACAAGGUUCCUGAUUCUGAGGACAAGGUUCCUCACCCUGAGGACAAGGUUCCUCACGCUGAGGACAAGGUUCCUCACGCUGAGGACAAGGUUCCUCACCCUGAGGACAAGGUUCCUCACGGUGAGGACAAGGUUCCUCGCGCUGAGGACAAGGUUCCUCACGCUGAGGACAAGGUUCCUGACUCUGAGGACAAGGUUUAUCACGCUGAGGACAAGGUUUGUCACGCUGAGGACAAGGCUCCUCAUGCUGAGGACAAGGUUCCUCACCCUGAGGACAAGGUUCCUGACUCUGAGAACAAGGUUCCUCACGCUGAGGACAAGGUUCCUCACGCUGAGGACAAGGUUCCUCACGCUGAGGACAAGGUUCCUCACGCUGAGGACAAUGUUCCCACGCUGAGGACAAGGUUCCUCACCUAG